GAGGCGCGAACCUGACGCACGGACGCAACAUGUCCCGGAGAUGACCAGCAGAGUUCCUCUUUAAGAAGAUUACCUCUCCAGUUAGAGGUUUUAUGAACGAAUGCCGGUAGGUGCUUGGAGCGUUGCACAUGAAUUAGACCGGUCAGAAACACGUUGUAACAAACAGUGAAAUAUUUAUUGGAUACAAUAUGUAGAAAUAAUCUACAGACCACAUACAAGAUGCAUAUGUCUAUUAGAAAUUAUCCACCUGGAGCGCACGGUAAUCUACGAGGGAAUAGACUUUAUUUCUGGUUUUACGCACAAUUUGUGAAAUGAAGACGAGACCGGCUGGGAUAGGAGAUGCCAGCGCAGACUGGAUGGGAUCUCUCCCUCCCAAACUCAGUGCUAUGCCUCUCAAACACCUCGCUGUGCCAGGUUCCCAUGAUUCAUUCACCUACUGGGUGGAUGUCUCCGCUCCUGUUGGCCCAGAUCAGAAGGUUUAUGUCAAGUACCUGGCCACUAUGUUCAGUGUAGUGGCCAAGAAGGUGAUGGUGAAGUGGUCAAUGACACAGAACCUGACUUUUAGGGAGCAGCUGGAUGCAGGAAUUCGAUAUUUUGACCUGAGAGUGUCAGCCAAACCAGGAGAGCCAGGAAAUGAGAUAUACUUCAUCCAUGGACUGUUUGGGCACAAGGUUAGAGAUGGGCUUUUAGAAAUCAACUCUUUCUUAUCAAAACAUACAAAGGAGGUUGUGUUCCUUGACUUCAAUCACUACUAUGCCAUGAACGCAGAGCACCACGUGUACCUCAUCAACAUGCUGCAGCAGGUCUUUGGAUCCCGUCUGUGUAUAGACUGUGCUGUGGAGAGUGUCACACUGGACUUCCUCUGGGACAAGAAAUACCAGGUCAUAGUGUUUUACCAUCAUCCAUCAGGGCAGAGUGUCCCUGUUUUGUGGCCUGGAAACAAGAUCCCCGCUCCCUGGGCAAACACCACCGAGCCCAACAAACUCAUGCAGUUCCUUGACACCACAUUGAAGGAAAGGAAGAAGCAAGGAUCCUUCCACGUGUCCCAGGCCAUCCUCACUCCUCGGGUCAACACAGUGGCUAAAGGUCUCGUGUGGGGACUGCGUAACUACCUGGUUGAAAAGAAUCUACCCACCAUCAUGUCCUGGGUGGAAGCUCAGAAACCAGGAGUGGGCGGAGUCAACAUCAUCACUUCAGACUUUGUGGAUCUCACAGACUUUGCCAACAUUGUCAUCAAACUGAAUAACCUAUUGUUAUCGGACAAGGAUCACAAGGCCAGAUGACCCGGGCUCCUGCUCCUGCCAAUAUCUGACAGGAAUGCAACGUUUUUUCUUGGAACAUGUGACAAAUAAACAGAGUACCGGUAACUGCAGGCUUAGGGGGAAGGUGGAUGAAACUUUGAAGGUGAAUUGCCCUAAAGUGAGUAUCCAAGAUUUCCAAUGAUACUCUCACUGUCCACUAUAAGGUCCUAUAUCACAUUUUCAUGUUAUCAGCUACCCUUUGCCUUCUGUGUAGUAGAGAUAGGAAAUUUCAGGGCUGAAACUGAUUCUAGUGAAGGUGUAUGGAGUUUAAAAACACAGUGGAGCACUUCCUAUUUUGCUGCAUGACAUCUCAAGGUGGAACUGAGCAGUUUCUUUUUAAGAAAAAAACUAAGCCUAUCCUAUCCUAUUCAGGAUUUGUUUGUUAAAAUGCUUUUGAUGAGGUAACAACAUUAUAACCUAGAUCAGAAAACAAUGUAAUAUGGGACCUUUAAGCUAUAUAGACCAAAUUGUCAACACAUUUCUUUCCAUCUUGUAUUUUAGGUAUUAAAUAUCUGCUCAAUUAAAAGCUAUUAAAAGGCAAUUAUGUGUAAGUGAGGAUAAACUAUCCACAACAAAAAAAUAAUAUGUUGUACUGUUUUUGUUUUAAAUGAUCAUUUCUAUUGUUUUAAACAUGCAUUUGUAAUUAUACAUGACAAAAUGCUUUAAUUUGAGUUAUUAUGUAUAUUGUAUAAAAUUAUAAAAUUGAUAUUUAAAUCACACACCAAAAAUGUCAUAUACAUAAAAAAUAUAAAAGUGGCACAGCUGUUGCCAUGGGACCAGUCUCUGUGACCUGUAAUAAGAGGAAGAGGAAGAAUCAAUGUUCUUAUUAAGCUUGGAUAAUAAAAGACAUAAAAAAAGGUACAAGAAAAUACAGCUCUUGUACUCCAACCUGAGCUUUUUAUGAUGUUGUUUUCACUGGUCUUUGUGAAAACAGAACCCCAGACUGCUCCAGCCCAAAGUGUGACAGAAUUUAUGACCUGACUAUAAAGUUUCACUAAAAAUGCAGACAAUGUCACUAUAGGGGGGUCAAGAAGAAAAGGUGCAGACAAAAUAUGUGUUGUGCUUUUUCCACUAGUGCUGUAAACCUGACAGAGCUGUGCAUAAAGGAUAUAUAUUUACCCACUUCCAUAGCUUUACUAGAUAGGCAGGGGUAGAAUGUCUCCAGUUAAAUGCAGCUUACAUGGGAAACUGCAUACAAUAACAAGACUAUAUGUGGCACCACACCACUGUAGGAAGUAAUAUGGCAUUCCAAGCAGGGGUGGGUAAUAUUGACAAUAAUUAUAUACUUUUUUUUUUUUUCCAUGAUAAGUUUAAUCAUAUUUUGCAAUCCAUAAGAAAUGUGUGAAAGGUGCAUUGCGUAACUUCUCUGGCAGGGGGUUCGGCACAAACUUGUUUCCACAAAGUUUAACAGAAUGGCAAUAAACUCAUCUGUGUUGCAUUUAUCCAGUUACAGGUGUUUUACUGCUCAAAAAUACUAUGGAAAUUUCUACAUUUCUGUAGUGAGUAAGCUUGCCUCUCCACAGAUAUUACCUGUAACUUGGCUUGGAGGCAUUGUGGGUUUGUCUCCGUAGAAAUAGAUAGGUUUAAUGCCACACAGUGGGACCUCCUAGACAAAGAAAUAACAUUUAGAUGAAGACAAGCAGGUGGCAGACCCUCCACCAGAAAGUUACUAAGUGCACCUUUAAAAUGUGCAUGUAAAAGUUUGGUUGAUGCUCAAAUAUAGAUCGAAAAAAGUGCAUUGGAAAUAUCACAAUAUACCUCAUUGUUUUGGGAGA